AUGCCUCAUUUGAUGUAUCAAAUUGUUUUAGAAGGUCAUAGUGGAGUAAAUCAAUUAGGUGGAGUUUUUGUUAACGGACGACCUUUACCAGAAACUAUACGACAUCGAAUCGUUGAACUGGCUCGCCAAGGCGCAAGACCGUGCGAAAUUUCACGGAAAUUACAAGUAUCAAACGGGUGUGUAUCAAAAAUCCUGGGGCGAUUUUAUGAAACCGGCUCGGUUAAACCGAGAGCUAUUGGCGGCUCAAAACCGCGUGUUGCUACACCAGAUGUCGUAGCAAAAAUUGCAGAAAUCAAAGCAGAAAACCCAUCAAUAUUUGCUUGGGAAAUUCGUGAACGUCUUCUAAAUGAUGGUGUCUGUUCACAAGACAAUUUACCGAGUGUAUCUUCCAUUAAUCGUGUACUACGUAAUUUAUCAUCAUCAGCAUCAUCUUUAAAACCAACUACAGAUUAUCAUCAAUAUCAAACAAGAGAGUUUCAUUAUGAUGGUUCAUCAUGUAAUUUACUUAAUCCACCACCAAUUUGGACAGUAUUAGGAACUGCAAAUCCUACAACAAAUUCAUCAUAUACAUGGCAUCAUCAUCAUCAACAUCAUCAACAGCAACAACAACACUCAUUAGCAGCAUGUAAUACAACAGCAAUAGCAAAUACUAAAAAUGGAAAUAAUUCGAUUGGAGCUCAAUAUGAAACAUCGAAUGAAGAUAAUAAUAGUGUUCACAAUGAUGAAGAGGAUGACGAUGAUGAUGUUGAACAAAGUAUAAAUAGUGAUCCCGAUUUAAAGUUAUCAUCACGACAAAAAGUACAACGUAAUCGAACAGCGUUUACUCAAGAACAAAUAGCUGCACUUGAAAAAGAGUUUGAGCAUACUCAUUAUCCAGAUGUUUAUGUACGUGAACGCUUAGCUAAACAUAUUAGUUUACAAGAGAAUCGUAUACAGGUUUGGUUUUCAAAUCGAAGAGCUAAAUGGAGACGUGAAGAAAAAGCACGCAAUCAAAGACGUACUCAUACAGCUUGUGAGUCGUCAACAGGAGCAACAUCUGCAACUAAUACAACAAUUUUAUCUAAAGCUUCUCCACCACCACCACCGCCGCCGCCGCCGCCGCCAAUGUCAUCAUUAAGUCAAGCGACAACAUCACCAUCGUCAAUUAUAGCUUCUCCAUCAGGUUAUAUGAUUGAUUCGAGUGUCCCAUCCUCCAUUGGAUGUUAUUUUCCUACUGGAACAAUGGACAAUCGACCGACAAUGGCUGGUAAAGGUUUUUCACCAUAUUCAACAGCACAAUCUCAUAGUUAUUCUUGUUCAUCAUCAGGAUAUCCUUAUCCAUUAUCAGCAGUUAAUUGUUAUGAUGAUGUUGCGUUUCCACCUUCAGCAUAUGUACGACCACCAUCAUAUCAUUCUCAUCACAAUUCAGAUUAUAAUAGUUUUGCGUCAAAUGUCAUGUGUCAAUCAUCGAGUAUUCUUCAUCCGCCAAUGUCAUUACAAUCGGCUCAUCUUACCUCAGCACCAUCAUCAUCGUCAUCGGGCACGAAUACAUUUUGGGAUCGGUAUUGA